UUUACAAUUUUAAUGAUAAUCUUACUCUGCUCGGGGAUAGCAAAGCUUCUCUCCUCCUCCACUCAAGGGUAAGCUCGAAGUCUUUCCUUUCUUCAUCUCUCUUACAGAAGUAUGGGUCAAGUUUUGGGAGGUAUCCAUGACAAAUUCGAUGGUAAGAAAUGGAAGCGUGCCCAACUACAAAAGAUAACAGACAAAGUUUUUGAUCGUUUUAGAGAUGAGUCUGGAAAGGUCGAAUUGACAUUUGAAGAACUAUAUAUUGCAGUCUUAUUUAUCUACAAUGAUCUUAACAAGCAUUUGCCUGGACCCCAUUUUGAUCCCCCAACUAAAGUUCAGCUUAAAACUAUGAUGGAGAAAUACGAUAUGAACCUCGAUGGGGAACUCAACCACGAAGAGUUUACGAAGUUUGUUCAGAAAUUGACAACAGAUGCUCUGAAAGCGGUGAGCCAGGGUUUGAUCAUCUGUUUGGUUGCAGCACCAACAAUAGCAUUGUUGACAAAGAGGGCAACGGAAGGCGUCCCAGGUGUUGGAAAGGUGGUGCAGAAGGUUCCCAGUUCAAUUUAUGCGUCGAUCGUUACUCUGGCAGUUGUUCUCAUCCAAAAAUCAGGCGAGCUUUCCGAAUAGACCUUUUAAAAUUUGCAGACUGCAGUCAAUUGUUCCUUAUUUCCACAGUUUGUAAAUAAAGAGUGUUUAAUAUUUUGGGUUAGGUUUUUAUACAACUAAUAAAGGGGAUAUUUUUAAAACUACCAUUUUAAUUGAUUAUUGUUACUAUAAGAAAUAUGUAUAAUUUGAUAAUCAUGUUUAUAUUCUUUAUGUAUGUGUUUUAA